GAAACAAGCCCACUAGUUUAUAUGAAAAGCAUCAUACAAUGAUUGGAUUGGAUUAAAUGAGAUUACAUGAAAGCGGCCUAUUGUGGUUGUAGUAGGCUGAUAUGCAACAGCAACACCAACUUCAGCUCUGGCUGGUAAACUUCUGACUUGUGAGCAUCCCGGCGAUUCAACUUGAGCAUCCCCCCUCCCCAACUUGUUGAUGGGCUAAUACUGCCAGCUCUCUUAGCCUACAUCCCUGUUCCGUGUUUUAGUGCGGCAUGAUGCGCCCACAGGAGCAGUAAUCCUCUUCUGUGUAGCUGCUUCCUCCCUCAUGCUCUCUCUUCUGCUCAAGGGCAAAUCGAGGUGCGCCUCUGGCUGCCGCCGCUACGCACUGCUGCUGAAGACAGCGCAGCGUCCUCUGCGCUCUCCGCGGGCUCCUGGGACCUUUUGUCGUUUGAGAUGAACGCAGAAGAAGCGCCGUGUGAAAGGGGCCAGAGCCGGUCCAGUUGUUUAUCGCACCCCUGGCAGCAAAGCCACAUGUCGGUGUUUGCUUGGACAAGUGUUUUUUGAGCGCGAAACUUUGGACUGUGGGGGGUCAGCUGUCUCCGCUCGGAUGACUGGGGGAGUUUUGGGUUCGAGAGGAGAUGCGAGCGUCGACGUGAAGACAUGGAUAUUACGCGGAGGGUUUGGUCGUUCUUCCUGCUGAAACCCGAAGAAUUUCACUCUGAAAACGAUGCUUUAAAUCUCGGAGUUUCGUAUAAUAAGUAAAUUCUAGUACAGGACGAUCAGGAUGAAAAGAUGGCAGCCAUGCUGUUACCAACGGGUCCUGACGGCUUGCGGCGGUUCACUCGCGAAUCCCUGGCUGCCCUGGAGCGGCGGGUGGCGGAGGAGCAGGCCAAGAGAUCCAAGGAUUGCACCGAGGCUCAGAAGAACGCCGAGGCGGCCAAACCCCGCGCCGACCUGGAGCCGGGCAAGCAGCUGCCGCGCAUCUUCGGCGACGUCCCUCCAGAGCUCGUCGGGGUUCCACUGGAGGACAUCGAUCCCUUCUACUACAAGAACCAGAAGACUUUUAUAGUACUUAACAAGGGGAAAGCCAUCUUCAGAUUCAGCGCCACGUCUGCACUUUACAUAUUAAGUCCAUUUCACUUCAUCAGAUCGAUUGCCAUAAAAAUCUUAGUCCAUGCGUUGUUUAGCUAUUUCAUAAUGUUCACCAUCCUGACCAACUGCUUCUUCAUGGCCAUGUCUGAUCCGCCAACAUGGACCAAAUACCUGGAGUACACCUUCACUGGCAUCUACACUUUCGAGUCGGCGAUAAAGAUUUUCGCGAGAGGGUUCUGUUUAGUGCCGUUCACCUUCCUGAGAGACCCGUGGAACUGGCUCGACUUCAUCGUCAUCAUCAUGGCCUACGUCACUGAAUUUGUCGACCUUGGGAAUGUCUCUGCGUUAAGAACCUUCAGAGUACUGAGAGCUCUGAAAACCAUCUCAGUCAUCCCAGGUCUGAAGACGAUUGUGGGCGCUCUGAUCCAGUCUGUGAGGAAGCUGGCCGACGUGAUGAUCCUGACCGUCUUCUGCCUCAGCGUGUUCGCCCUCAUCGGCCUGCAGCUCUUCAUGGGUCUCCUGCGACAAAAGUGCGUCCGGAACCUCGACCACUGCAUCAACUCUUCGUACACCCCCAACACCACCUUCAUCUGCAACAACCGGACCUGGAGUUCGCCGGACGACUUUCUCACCAACGAGGAUAAUUUCUACAAAGUUGAAGGGCAGAAGGAUGCUUUAAUAUGUGGAUAUGGAAGCGAUGCAGGGAAGUGCCCGGAUGGAUUUGAUUGCCUCAAAGUGGGAAGAAAUCCAAACUACGACUACACCAGUUUUGAUACCUUCGGUUGGGCUUUUCUGGCACUCUUCCGACUCAUGACCCAAGACUAUUGGGAGGAGCUCUUUCACCAGACUCUGCGCUCAGCAGGGAAAACCUACAUGGUUUUCUUUGUGCUGGUGAUCUUCCUCGGCUCCUUCUACCUGGUGAACCUGAUCCUGGCCGUGGUGGCCAUGGCCUACGAGGAGCAGAACCAGGCGACCAUCGCUGAGGCCUGGCAGAAAGAGAGGGAGUUCCAGCUGGCCAUGGAGCAUCUCAGACGAGAGCAAAGAUUGGCAGCCAAAAGACAAGCACAGGAGACAGACUCCAUUGUGUCGCCGGAGUUAUCGCCGUUCUGUCUGAAAGCAGGAAGUAUUCGCCGCAGUAGAAGAAGAAGAUCUCACAGGACUCUUUCAGAAGAGACAGCAGCUGAAGCUGCUGAGGAGAGGCUGGAGCCAGUGGAUGAAAUUGUGCCUCCUCUGUCCCCUCUGCCAGUCCACCCUCUGCUGGCCACGCUCUCCUCUCACCCCCUCAGCACCAGGAGAGCCAGCCAGAACAGCAUCUUCAGCUCCUUCCGCCCUCGCAACAACUCGGAGGCUGACUUCGCGGACGACGAGUACAGCGUCCACGGGGACGUCUUCAGGAGUCGCGCCAGUUCAACCGUAACGCCCUGGAAGAAGAGGACGGGCAGCGUCAGAAGCCACUGCUCCCAGGUGUUGACCCCCAGCCUCAACAUCAACGGACGACUCAACGUCUUGCUGGACCAGAACGGCAUCGCCGCCAUGGGUCUGCUCACCCCGACCUGCGUGCCGACUCACAGCAUGGAGAAGUUGAAGGAAGAAACAAAGCCAUGCAGCGGAGUGGAUCCGGCCCCCAGGCCUCUGCUGCAGCCUUCGCCCAGCGUCACGGAGCGCUGCUCUGUGCGCAGGAAACGAACUCACAGCUCCUUCAGCUUCUUCAGCGACGCCAUGGAUGAGCUGGAGGAAUCAAGGCAGAAGUGCCCCCCUUGCUGGUACGCCUUCGCCAAGAAGUAUUUGAUAUGGGACUGCUGCCCCUGGUGGCUGAAGUUAAAGGAGUGUGUGAAGUUCAUGGUGAUGGAUCCUUUCCUGGACCUGGGGAUCACCAUAUGCAUUGUGCUGAACACCCUGUUCAUGGCUCUGGAGCAUUACCCCAUGACUGAUGAGUUCAACACCAUGCUGUCAGUGGGCAACCUGGUUUUCACAGGGAUCUUUACAGCUGAGAUGGUGUUGAAGCUCGUUGCCCUGGACCCAUAUUACUACUUCCAGCAGGGCUGGAACAUCUUCGACGGCGUCAUCGUCUGCCUCAGUCUGAUGGAGCUGGGCCUUUCCACAGUGGAGGGACUGUCUGUCCUGCGCUCUUUCAGACUGCUAAGAGUGUUUAAGCUGGCAAAGUCCUGGCCUACUCUCAACACUCUCAUCAAGAUCAUUGGGAACUCUGUGGGCGCCCUGGGGAACCUGACGCUGGUGCUGGCCAUCAUUGUUUUCAUCUUCGCCGUGGUGGGCAUGCAGCUGUUUGGCAAGAACUACCAGGACUGCGUGUGUAAGAUCGCCUUUGACUGCCAGCUGCCCCGCUGGCACAUGAAGGACUUCUUCCACUCCUUCCUGAUCGUGUUCCGGGUGUUGUGCGGCGAGUGGAUCGAGACCAUGUGGGACUGCAUGGAAGUGGCCGGCCAGCCUCUCUGCAUCCUGGUGUUCAUGUUGGUCAUGGUCAUAGGGAACCUGGUGGUGCUGAAUCUGUUUCUUGCCCUGCUGCUCAGCUCCUUCAGCUCCGACAACCUCUCCGCUCCUGAAGAAGACGGGGACCUGAACAACAUCCAAGUCGCCAUCGGCCGCAUCCACGCCGGCAUGUCGUGGCUCUGCGGGAGCGUCGUUGACCUCUUCAGCCACGGCUUCAGGAGUCAAAAGCAGAAGGCCAAAGAGGCCGGUCAGGCUGAGCAGAUGGUCGGAAAUCACAUAGAGAGCAACGGGGGGAUAAUCGGAAGCUACGGAGAAAAGUACAUCCUGCCUGAAGAGGAUAGUUACAUGACCAACCCCAACCUUACCGUCGUGGUUCCCAUCGCUCCUGGAGAGUCCGAUGUGGAGUUUCUGGAGGAGGAAAAUUCAGAGUCGUCAGAGGAUGAGGACAAGCCGGAGAAGAUCAGCCUUUCGGAGGGCAGCACCGUGGACAUGAGGAAGCCUGGAGAGGAGGAAGACGACCUAUCGGAACUGGACGAUGACAGUAUGGAGCCGGAGGAUUGCUUCCCAUACUUGUGUCUGAGGCACUGUUCGUGCUGCGACAUCGACACCAGCCGUGGCCUGGGCCAAGCCUGGUGGAGGCUGAGGAAGACCUGCUACCAGAUCGUAGAACACAGCUGGUUUGAGACCUUCAUCAUCUUCAUGAUCCUGCUCAGCAGCGGGGCUCUGGCGUUUGAAGACAUCUACAUCGAGAGGAGGAAAGUCAUUAAAGUGAUGUUGGAGUACGCCGACAAAGUCUUUUCCUACAUCUUCGUCCUGGAAAUGUUCCUCAAGUGGAUAGCAUAUGGCUUCAAGAAAUAUUUCACCAACUACUGGUGCUGGCUGGACUUCCUCAUUGUGGACGUGAGUGAAUGUCUGGCUAUCGUUAGUGUGAUUAUUUAAUCUUUUUAUGAAAGGUUCCUGUUUUGUUUUUUUAAACACUUUGGUAUUACAGGUUGAGUCAUGAUUCAUUACAAUAUAGCUGCAUUUUCUGUCGGGUUGGUGCUUCAUUUCAGUGCGUUGCAUAAGUAUUCAUAACUCUUUUUGUCACAUUACAAUCACAAACAUAAAUUUAUUUCUAUGAGAUUUCAUGUGAUGGUACGAAACAAGUCCAUGAUUUUCACGUUUUUUUUUUUUUUUUACAUAUGAAAAUCAGAAAAGUGUUGCAGACAUGUAUAUUUUCCUUACCUUACCUUUAUACUCCGAAAAAAUCUCAUUGCAGCCAAAUGCUUUCAGUUUUCACAUCCUGCGUCAAUAGCUUGUAGAACAACCUUUCACUGCAGUUGCAUCUGCAGAUUCUUUUGGGGAAAAUUUUUCUUCCAACUUUGCAGAUCUAUAAACUGAAAUUUUGGUUGAAUUAAGGUUAACAAAGUAUCUCCAGUUUAGUCACUGUGGAGUCAGUUUUCUUUCUAAAUAUUCCCAUCUGGAUUCAGAUCAGAUCGGCUCUUAUUUUGCCACUUUUCCAAUAACAGUUAAAUUUGUAGUUAUGUCUGAGUCAUGCAUCUCUGUAGCUCCUCCAGAGGUAAAAUUGGCCUCUUGGCUGCUUAGAAACUUGAGAUAUUAUUUUGUAACCAAACUUUUUCAUAACUUAACAGUUUGCUGUGUUCCUUGGUCUAAAUAAUAUUGUUUGUUUAUUGUUU